AGGCUCGGGGGCCGCCUGCUCGGCCCCAGACCGGCUCCGCCACCGCGCACUCGGCCCGGACGUGGGUACACUCAGGACAGUUGAGACUUCGGACUUGCCUCUCCCGAUCCUCCGGCGGCGGCGGCGGCGGCGGCGGCGGCUGUUGCUAAGGGAAGGGACGCGCGGGGAAGCUCGGCCCGAGCGGCAGACGGCCCUGAGCGCGGCCGGCUGAGAGGCGCCCCCUCCUCCGGGACCCUUCCCCGCGCCCGCCGCCCUUGAAAGGAGCUGAGAGUGUAGUCCCUACCCAGGAAGGUGCCCCGACGAGCCGACGCGACCCCGGAGCGCCACUCGGAUUUUUGAUUCCUGAUUCGCCUUCCGCUCCUGGGACCUUCUCGAAGGGGAAGCGCGCUGCCCCCCGCCCUCAGGGGCCCCGAGGACCCCUGUUUGGGGAGCCCCCCCGCCCUGCCCGGAGGCGCGGCAAGAAUUGGCGGCGCCCCGCGGACUCCAGCCCCCCAGCGUGGGCCGGGGAUGGAGCCGCAGCCCGGCGGCGCCCGGAGCUGCCGGCGCGGUGCCCCCGGCGGUGCCUGCGACCUGGGCCCGGCGGCCGAGACGGCGCCCAUGAGCCUGGCCAUCCACAGCACGACGGGCACCCGCUACGAGCUGUCGGUGCCCCCCGACGAGACGGUGGAGGGGCUGCGCAAGCGUCUGUCCCAACGCCUCAAAGUGCCCAAGGAGCGCCUGGCGCUGCUCCACAAAGACACCCGGCUCAGUUCGGGGAAGCUGCAGGAGUUCGGCGUGGGGGAUGGCAGCAAGCUGACGCUCGUGCCCACCGUGGAAGCGGGCCUCAUGUCUCAGGCUUCCAGGCCAGAACAGUCUGUGAUGCAGGCCCUUGAGAGCUUGACUGAGACCCAGCCCCCAGCGGCGCCCAGCCCGGGCCGGGCUGGCGGAGGCAGCUUCCGGAAAUACCGAUUCAUUUUAUUUAAGCAUCCGUGGCACCGACAGGGACCCCAGAGCCCAGAGAGGGGCGGCGAGAGGCCCCAGGUCAGUGACUUCUUGUCGGGCCGCUCGCCGCUGACCCUGGCGCUGCGCGUGGGUGACCAUAUGAUGUUCGUCCAGCUGCAGCUCGCAGCCCAGCACGCCCCGCUGCAGCACCGCCACGUGCUGGCUGCCGCCGCUGCUGCCGCCCGUGGAGACCCCAGCGUGACCACCACCCCUGUGUCCUCUCCCUGCCGGCCAGUAUCCAGUGCCGCCCGCGUCCCCCCAGUGCCCACCAGCCCUGCGCCCGCAUCCUCCCCUGUCACAGCCGGCUCUUUCCGCUCCCACUCGGCCUCUACCACCUGCCCCGAGAUGGACUGUUCCCCCCCUGCCAGCGCCGGUGCCAGCCCCACUUCCCCCACCGGGGGCAGCCCCACGUCCCGCUCCCGCAAACCUGGCGCAGUCAUCGAGAGCUUCGUGAACCACGCCCCGGGGGUCUUCUCAGGGACCUUCUCUGGUACGCUGCACCCCAACUGCCAGGACAGCAGCGGGCGGCCGAGGCGGGACAUUGGCACCAUCCUGCAGAUCCUCAACGACCUCCUGAGUGCCACACGGCACUACCAGGGCAUGCCCCCAUCGCUGACCCAGCUGCGGUGCCACACCCAGUGUGCCCCGGACCUCGCCCCCAAAACUACCUCCUGCGAGAAGCUGGCGGCCGCCGCCCCGGCCUCCCUGAGCCAGGCCCGCCUGUGCAAGCCCCCGGGGGACCGGCUGCGGCAGACGGAAAACCGAGCCACCCGCUGUAAGGUGGAGCGCCUGCAGCUGCUGCUUCAGCAGAAACGGCUCCGCAGAAAGGCCCGGCGCGACGCCCGGGGCCCCUACCACUGGCCGCCCAGCCGCAAGGCCGGCCGCAGCGACAGCACCAGCGGCGGGGGAGGCGGCAGCCCCAGUGAGGCGGCCGGCUUGGGCCUCGACUUCGAGGACGCCGUCUGGAAGCCAGAAGUGAACCCCGACAUCAAGUCAGAGUUCGUGGUGGCCUAGGAACCCUGUCUCUCGUUCCAGCCCAGGGUGGCCCGUGAGCGUGGCCCCACGCGGGAGGGCCAGCAGCCGGCCGGUGCAGUGGGGCGCUUCCCUCUCCCGGUUACGCGGCCUUUUUUUUUUUUUUUUUUUGAAAUUUCACUUCCUACAGUGGUUUUCCGAACUCUCCAUGGACUUGGGUUCCUGCCUCCUCGGUUUGGCUCACACUCCCCGCCCCUCCCUCCAUCUCCCAUCCUCAUCCCCGACCUGGCCGGGUCCCUCCCGCCCACCUUCCCAAGCUCCAAAUAUGUAGCAGUCUUUCCAGAUGGUUGAGAGCGGAGACAAGGAAGCCGCCCCCCCCUUCCGUUCUGCCGCCCUCCCCACCCUUUUCAGGUUGAAGUCAAAAAUGUAGAUGCCUCAUUAUGCACUUUACAGACAGGGGAGGGGGCUGCGGAGAGGAGAGGCCCCCACCACAAACCCUGGCCCUAAAACAACUCGGCAGGUGCAACCUUGACUGCCAGGGACUGUUUCUCUUCCACAUCCGUACUUUUUUCUCUUCUUGGUCUCUCCUUUUCCAUUUUCCUUUUUCCUGGAAAAGAAAAGAAAAGCCGUUUCGGGAGAGGCUGGCCAGAGCCUGCCUUGCGGUGUGGGCUGGGGUG